AUCGUGUGUGCCUAGAGGUGGGACAUCGGCAUUUCAUAACCUCUGACAUUUCUGUAUAAAACAAGCGCUCCGACCUUGCUCAUAUAAACAACAUUGGCCGGGGGAUUAGUAAUUAUGAUGUAUGUGACCCUGACGAUUUUUUAAACAGCCCUUAAACAUGAAGAGGCUUUUCCUUGUGGAGCCGGUGGUGGCCCUGUAUGCUUUUGCCAGUUUCCUCACCUAUCCGCUUGUGCAACAGUAUGUAUACAGGAGAAUCUGGCUGCAGGUGACAAACACCACCUACCUGAGCUCUGACAACACUUCCACAUGUGUGGCAAGCAGCAACAGCAGCAACCAGUCUCACUAUAAUGAGGAGGUACAGAGGCAGACAUCUCUCUUCUCCGUUUACACAAACAUCCUCUCCACAGUCCCAUCUUUGGUGGUCACUCUCAUACUGGUGACCUACAGCGAUCAAGGAGGACGCAAGAUAGCCAUCAUCAUGCCUGUGAUUGGCACAUUGAUCUACACAUUGUCUUUGCUGACUGUGUCCUACUUUGAACUUAGCAUUUACUUGCUCUUUGGCUCCUCAGUUCUUAGCGCUCUGUGUGGUGGUUUGGGCACAUUUCUGGGUGGCUGUUUUGCCUACAUAGCAGACUUGUGCGAGGAUGAUCGUCAGAAGACAUAUCGCAUGGCUGGAGUGGACAUGAUGAUUGGCCUGUUGUCUGGACUGGCUGCAUUAUCGUCAGGCUACUGUCUGAGAGCUGUGGGAUUCAACUGGCCUUUCCUAACCUCUUCAUUGAUACUCGUUUUGAUCCUGCUCUAUGCCAUCUUUGUCCUUGAGGAGACUGUGAAGAAGGCUCCAACUGGUGCCGUUACUUUAGAUGGAUCUCCUCGGUAUUUAGGCAUGAAACAGAUGCUCCGUGGGGUCUGCCAGAUGCUUGCAGGGGCCAGCUGCAGGUGGAAAACUGUUCUGGCCCUUCUCAUUAUUAUCUUCACUUGCACUUCCUUUGCGUAUGUAGGAGGGAUCUCCGUAAUAACGCUGUACGAGCUCAGUGAGCCGCUGUGCUGGACUGAGAUUUUGAUUGGCUACGGCUCAGCACUGUCCACCACUGUCUUCCUGACCAGCUUUGCAGGAGUGUCCCUGUUUACAUACUGUGGUGUGCCCCAGCUGCUCAUUGUCCUGUUGGGGAUCCUGUCUGUUGUAUCAGGCAUGCUCACCGCGGCAUUUGCUAAAACAACCUUGUUGAUGUUUAUAGUGAGGAUACCAAUGCUACUGUCUAUCAUGCCUUUCCCUGUACUGCGCUCCAUGAUGUCAAAGAUUGUCCCAAAGUCUGAGCAGGGAGCCCUGUUUGCCUGUCUUUCCUUUAUGGAAAGCUUGUCCAAUAAUGUAUCAUCUGUAGUGUUCUACAGUGUUUAUGCUGCUACUGUGGCGUGGUGCCCAGCCUUCGUCUUUCUGUUGUCUGCAGGACUCUGUGUGAUUCCUUUGACUGCCUUGGGCGUGGUGAGCGUGAUAGGAGUGGAUGUUGCCACAGAGGUCCAAAGGCCAAAGCGUUUCAAUUCAGAGGAGGAGAAUCCUGUCCAAGAUCAGAGUGAUCACAGCCCUCUUCUUACCUGAGACGCCAGGACUACCAAACACUAACAGCACAUUGCUUGUUAAGAUUAUUAUUAUUAUUAUUAUUAUUAUUUUUGAGUGUAUGUGGUUUAUUUUAAUUUUAUUUUUGUUUUAUAUGGUGUUAAUGUAGGUUACAUUUUCUUCCUUUGUUGCUAUGCUUAUUGGAGUUAUGGGUAAACAGAUUUCUCCACCUCUCAGAUUUAACAACUCUAGUUAAAAUUGGUAGAAAUAAGUCUGACCAUGACAAUGACAUUUUCAAAAACAUUUUCUAUUUACAUUA